GAGCGAGGAAUAGUUGAGAAGCAGGAAAAUUAAAUUCAUCGGAGAAAAAUGAAGUUGGUCUUAACUGUCUUGGCAGAGGCCGCACAGCAGUGCCGUUUCAUUCGCCGUCGCGGUCGUAACGUCGAUUAAGUGGUCACCAGUCAUUGUUCUGUGUUCCUAAUCUUUCGUCGUUCAUGCUUAAUUAUAGUUCCACUUUUAAAAGUAACGAAUGUGUCUAUAUAUAAAUGUCAACACCCGAGUUAUCGUGGUUGCCAAUUAGGGAUAUUUCCAUACACGUGUCUACAACUUCGAAAUAAGAAACACCAAGUGAAAGAGAGGAAAAGAGGGCGUCGCAACUUCCUGAACGUUUGAUAGAAUAAAAAGGAAACGAAAUUCAACGCUCUUUACAAUUAUGUCGCAAUCAGGCAGAGCCGUUGAGGAAGCAGGCGAUGAUGCUAACAGGCUGCCGUUUCUUCAGUUCAAAAACGGUGGGAUCAGGGUGAACUUCGCCGGCUACCACGCCGAAGCUGGCCUCGGCGGGCUCCUCGGCGGACCCGACGCUAAGGGAGGGUUGUUCGCGAGCGCCGGAACUCCGUGGGGCCCUUCAGCCUCCGCUGGACUCGGAGGUGGUUUGGGAGGAGCCGAUGGUACCGCGACCGGUGGGCUACAUGCGAGAGCAGGCCUUGGCAACGGCGGACCAGAAGCAGCGGCUGGACUCGGCGGAAGCCUCGAUGGAUCGGGGCGGUCUGGCAGCCGGGCACGAGGAGGACUCUACGCCGGUGCGAGCCCCGGAGGGCCACCGGUACUCGCUGGUCUCGAUGGUAACAUUGACCAAAACGGAAGAUCAACCGGAAGUUCGUACGCGUCCAAUGGUUACAAAGCAAAGGUCGCUGUCAAAGGGAGCAACAUUCAAUCCAUUGCACCACCUAAAGAAAAAAAUUACCUGGCCAAAUCCGAGACAAGCGGACCCUCCACGAGUCUUGAAUUUGGACUCCCGGCAAACAACAGAGCUGGACCAUCGAGCCUUGCCGGAGAAGAUGUUGGACAUUCGGGCUUGAAGGAUGCGAAGCCUGCGUCAAAUGACGCCGUAACCGCCGCGGAGGUUCAGGAUGUUGUUGGCAUUCCAUUUCCGGCACGUCGUUACUAUCGCAAACUACUUCGCGGCAAUCCGGCGCGCAAGAAUGUUUUUUACAAGUAUUUUACAACAAACGAUGUACCAACUGAAGUAGCGAGCUCGUAUCAACCUGUUGGCAUCGUCGAACGUCAAAGUGUUGACAAUCAGACGCAUACUUCCGUCGAGCCCGAGCAUAGCCACGUGCCGUAUGCUCCCGCACCGUAUGGCCCCGCACCACAUGCUCCCGCACCGUACCUACCUUACGGCGGCCCUGUGAGGCUAAGGGGCCCAACUAUUUUUGAUGACAUAUUCAACAUACCGAUUUCUACUCUCGCAGCAGUCAAUCAGUUGCUGAAUAACAAGGCUGGAUGAAUCAUACCCCUUGCAUGCAUAUCCUACGUGAUCUCACGUGCGUGACAGACGAUUGGACCAGGCAAAAGUCCAUGAAGACGGGGAUCAUCUUAAAUGGUCGUCUUUUGCUCGGAGCGGCGUUAUAUAAUCAUAAGAAUUGUGGUUUUUUACUCCUGUAUUACUAUUUCACGAUUGUGUAUUAUUUUCAUAUAAUUAUUGUAGUACGUGUGUAGUUUUUCCCAGACUCGAUAUUCGGCGUGCUUUGUUUAGAAUUGAUCGCAUGUUAUAAACACUGUGAAUUGUAAAUGUUGAUGAUAAUUAUUUUGACUCCGAAUCGAACCGGAAAUACUCGGUGGGCUUUUAUCCACGCCUAAAAAUGUGUAGAAGAAAUUAAUUAAAUGCGGGUGAAAAUAA